AUGGCCGAUUUUCAACGAAAAAAAAUUCGCGAACGCAGAGAGCAGACAUCAAAAGAGAGAAAACGUGGCACCGAGAGAACCAGCAGUCACAACCUGGACGACGUUGCAUUCAAACCCGCGCCCCACUGCUCACAUCAUCAACAUCCUCCUCCUCAGUUCCCAUCCGCUAAUUUUGUAAUUAAUUCCUCUCAAAACAUCAACAACAGCAACAACAAUGACAUCAGUAGCAUUAACAACAGAAAUAUGAGCAGUAGCGGGCAUUACAAAUUUCUAAAAUAUUACGUUAAUAAUGUUCUUGCGAGAAAUCAUAGUGAUCAAGACGGCGAUAAUAACGAAACCAAUAACGGGAAUAACGAUACCGAUAACGAGAAUAACGAUACUGCUAACAAAAAUAACAGUUCGGAGAAUGAUUUAAAUGAACCAAACGAUUUAAACGAUAUCAACGAUUUAAAUGAUUCAAACGAUAUAAAUGAUUUUAGUUUAGGUGAGUAUAACCAAUCAGAAUGGUUCACACAGUCGGACACAUCAAUCGACGACUCGAACCAGUUGCAAUCCUCUUGUAACAAGAGAGCGGCCCAAGCUCCAUUAGGCUCUAACCCAGGCCCUAAUCCUAACUUGCCCCCAAUUCCACCCUUAGCUCGAGGAAAGAAAAAAGACAUUCACACUCAAAACAAAUCAUCAAAAUCGACCAACGUAGCUAAGAAUCUGAAGCAGUCGGCUAACUCGAUUAAGGUCCGCAAAUCAUCAGUUGUUUGCCGCGGGAAUCGCAAAUUCUCUUCUCUGACUAAAAAACGAACGAAAUCAUCAAAACCGCCGACACUAAAUGUCAGACGUUCAUCAGUUAGAAGUAAGAAAAGAGUAGUCGCGAAUAGUGGCAAAAAAACCACAAGCGGUAACUCUAAACAGAGAAGCAGUGCGACCGAAUCGACGACUAAAAAUUUUAAAAACGCGAAACAAAUCAGUCGUAAACGCUUCACUAGCUCGUCAAAGACACACAAGCUAUGUCGCAGCUCUGACAAACACAACAGCAACAUCAGCCGUAACCGCAGCGAGCUUCAGAAGGCUCCUUGCAAAAGUCCUGGCAACAGAAAGUUUCGACUUAGAAUUUGUAAAGACGACGACGACGAUGAUAGCAAUGUUAAUAAUGCCAACAACGGGAACGACGGUGACGAUGGUAUUGAUGUUAAUGAUGAUGAUGAUGGAGGUGGUGAUCGUAGAAAUGGUGGUUUUCCUAAAUUUUUCCGUGGUAGGGAGCCAGCACCCCAUUGCUUCAAGUUGUUGAAAUGA